AGUGCUGGCGGCUGGGGGCCUUGGCGACCAGGCUCCCUCCUCUCCACCCCUUGCCAGCCCUCCCUAGCCUCGCUCCUAGUUGCCGCAGAGAUCACGUCGUCGGAGAUUUCCAUCGGGGCUCAGGGGGCGGGCCCAAGGUGCAGAGCGCGGCUGGGGCGGGGCGAGUGGGAGGAGUGAAAGUUGGAGCCCAACAAAACCCUCCACCUCGCUCCGAACAGCCAGACCUGCGCUGCGACCUCCACACAGGUGGUCGUGCCAGGCACCGCCGAGAUGUUGCCUAAAGUUCUCCUGAUGCUUCUCAACAUGUUCCUGGCUCUUCAGUGGAGGGUUGGACCUCAUGUUAAUCUGGAGAAUAAACCCCCUGCCCAAGAUGAGGAAGUCUUCGGCCCUCAGCCUCAGCCCCAGGUGGAAUCCCCUGGCGGUGAUGCUGUAGUCUUUAGUUCCCAGCCCCAGCCGAUGCCUCAGCCCCAGCCGAUGCCGGAGCCACAGCCACAACCACAGCCGGAGCCUGAGCCACAGCCUCAGCCACAGCCACAGCCNGAGCCGGAGCCAGAGCCAGAGCCAGAGCCAGAGCCGGAGCCAGAGCCGGAGCCGGAGCUAGAACCAGAGCCCCAGUCCCAUCUGGAGCCUCAACCUAGUGGAAAGAAGCUUCCAGCAGAAGAAACAGAACUCACUGCUGAGUGCAUGACUGAACGUCCAGGUGGGAAACUGACAAGAGCUUCUCAAAUCCUUAACACUAUCCUGAGCAACUAUGACCAUAAACUGCGCCCUGGCAUUGGAGAGAAGCCUACUGUGGUCACUGUUGAAGUCUUGGUCAACAACCUCGGGCCUAUUUCCAUCCUGGACAUGGAAUAUUCCAUUGACAUCAUCUUCUACCAGACCUGGUAUGAUGAGCGUCUUCGUUACAAUGACACCCUUGAAACCCUUAUUCUGCAUGGCAACGUGGUGAGCCAAUUGUGGAUCCUGGAUACCUUUUUUAGGAAUUCUAAGAGGACCCAAGAGUAUGAUAUCACCAUACCCAACCAGAUGGCUCUCAUCCACCAUGAUGAAAAGGUUUUGUACUCAGUUAGGAUGACCAUUGAUGCAAGAUGCUCACUCCACAUGCUCAAUUUUCCAAUGGAUUCUCACUCUUGUCCUCUGUCUUUCUCUAGCUUUUCCUAUGAUGACGGUGAAAUGAUCUACAAGUGGGAAAAUUUCAAGCUCGAAAUCAAUGCGAAGAACACUUGGAAGCUAUUGGAGUUUGAUUUUACAGGAGUGAACAACAAAACUGAAAUCAUCUGUACCCCAUUUGGUGACUUCAUGGUCAUGACAUUCUUCUUCAAUGUAAGCAGGCGGUUUGGCUUCAUUGUCUUUCAAAACUAUGUCCCUUCUUCUAUUACCACAAUGCUCUCGUGGGUCUCCUUCUGGAUCAAGAUAGAAGUUGCUGCUUCCAGGACCUCUGUAGGGGUCAGUUCUGUACUCACCAUGGCCACGCUGGGCACCUUAUCCUGUAAGAAUUUCCCUCGUGUCUCCUAUCUCACAGCUUUGGACUUCUAUAUUGCAAUUUGUUUCGUCUUGUGCUUCUGCACUCUACUAGAGUUUGCUGUGCUCAACUUCCUGACAUACAAUAAUAUUAAACGACACACUUCUCCAAAGUUCUACCAACUUCCAACCAAUAGCCGUGCUAAUGCGCGUACUCGUGCUCGUGCACGCACCCGUGCUCGUGCUCGUGCCCGUGCACGCCAGCAGCAGGAAGUGUUCGUGUGUGAGAUUGUCACCUAUGGGGAAAAUGCUGAAGACGGGUAUCAGUGGUCUCCAAGAUCAAGAAGACCUCAGUGUCCCUGGAGGCGGUGUGGUAGAGGCUAUGUGUGCUUCAGGGUUCUCAGGAAGUACUUCUGCAUGGCUCCUGGUUGUGAGGGAGGCAACUGGCAGCGGGGCCGCAUCUGCAUCCAUGUUUAUCGCCUGGAUAACUAUUCGCGGGUGCUUUUCCCCAUUACGUUCUUCUUCUUUAAUGUGUUGUACUGGCUGAUUUGCCUUAACCUGUAGGCUCCAACCUUUAGCUCAUGGGGCAACCACCUCAGUUCCCCAUAAGGUCCUAAGCCCCUUUGCCAAGGGAGUUGGGAGACAAUAGCAACAGCAGCAAGCCUGAGGAGAGUUUGUCUCUGCUGGUCCUCCUUUUGUUGGCCCUUUCACUCAAUCUUCUCAACAGCCCACCUCUCUAUUCUUCACAGAGUGUCCUUGAGGCUCAGUGUGCCCACAUUUGAGCAGAUAAGCUAGCUCUCAGUUGUGUUUACAGUUGUUUUUCCCCAGGAGGCAAUGUUUUUUCCAUUUGAGGUGCUAAGGGGCUCAGCUCAGGCUGAGCACCAGAAUGCACAGAGUGACAGUAUAGCAGAAGGAGGGUCCUCAUCCUUAAGUCUUUAAGUCAGACUAUUUGAUAUUUUUCUCCCUGCCCUCUCUUCCUGCACACGCACACACACACACACACACAUACACACACACACACACACAUACACACACA